AUGGCGCUUCUCGUAGACAAACACCGUCCGAGGUCUCUCGAUCAAUUAACCUACCACAAAGAUCUCUCUGAACGCCUUCGCUCCCUCUCUACGGCCCUUCUGGCGCAGGAAAAAAAAACACGCAUCGUCGCAACCCUAAAAGAACUCUACGGUCCCGGCGUCGAGAAAAUCAAAAUCGAUUCCCGCGUCUUCCAAACGACCAGUAACCGAAAACUAGAAUUCAACAUUGUAGCUUCAGUCUACCAUCUCGAGAUCACCCCUUCGGAUGUGGGGAACUAUGAUCGUGUAGUGGUGCAGGAUCUGUUGAAAGAAGUAGCGCAGACGCAGCAGGUGGAUCAGAACGCGAAGCAGAAGUUCAAGGUGGUGGUUAUCAAUGAGGCGGAUCAUUUGACGCGGGAUGCACAGGCUGCACUCAGAAGAACGAUGGAGAAAUACAGUCCUAAUCUACGCCUAAUCCUGCUUGCGAACAGCACGGCCAAUAUCAUUGCGCCGAUCAGGAGUCGGACACUCUUGGUUCGGGUCCCUGCUCCAACGGAAGUGGAGAUUUGUGAGGUGUUGGCGAAGAGUGGGAAGAAGGAGGGGUGGCCAGCUGCAAGGGAGUUGGAGAAGAGGGUUGCGGCGGAGAGUGGGAGGAAUUUGAGGAGGGCGUUGUUGAUGUUCGAGGCGGUUCAUGCGCAGAAGUAUGCCACCUUGCACAAUCUUCUAUACAUUGGUCAAUUACUAACCUUCUACAGCGAGAGAGUAUCAGAUACAACCCCAAUCCCACCGCCUGAUUGGGAAGCACUCAUAAGUACAGUUGCCAACGACAUCAACACCGAACACACACCCGCCCAGAUACUCAAAGUCCGCGCCAAACUCUACGAUCUGCUCACACACUGCAUUCCCCCAACUACAAUUCUCAAGACUCUCACAUUCAAAUUGGUUCCCUUGGUGGACGAUGCGUUGAAGGCGGAUGUGGUUAAGUGGGCUGCGUUUUAUGAGCAUCGGAUUCGGAAUGGGACCAAGGUGAUUUUUCAUCUGGAGGCUUUUGUGGCUAAGUUUAUGAGACUGUGUGAAGAGCAUGAUAUGGGUAUGGACUUUUAA